CAGACCUUCACGUUGGAGGCCGAGCACUAUGGCACUCGAUCUGGCCAAAGUUUGGCAUAGAGACACGCGAAGUAAUCUCAAUGGUUGCGGCUAAUAUGGGCUACAGCGGAAAGGAUUGGCACGGCAAACCAUUUCAUAAAUUUGUUGCCACUACAUAGUUCGUGCCGGCAUAUAGGCCAAAUUAAGCUGCAUUGGAGGAAAACGAGGGGUCCUACAUUCACCCGUUAUGCCCUUAUUACAAGAAUCGACGAUGACCCCGACGGCGUGGAAAGAGUACCAGCCCUGGGGAUACUAACACUCGAACGAAGCCCUAAAACUCUCACAACGGUCAUGAUUACUUCCACUUUCCUGGUUUGCGCCGGCUUGGCCGCUCAAGUUGCAGCAGCAUGCGAUCGGGCAAAGCUACAGAAUGCCGCGACGGCGUACGUUCAGGCUCAAGCAAAUGGGGAACUGGCGCUGCUCAAUCGCGCCGACAAUACCAGCUACACCGAAAAUGACAGUCCCAUGAGUAUCACGAAAGGUCUGCUGUCUCAACCCAUCACGAUUGAUUUCAACCGCAGCAUUUAUGACACGACUCAAUGCGCAACAUUCACGGAAUUGACGGCAGCAACUUCGAAACACCCCUACGUGAUCCACACUCGUAUGCUCUUAGAUGAAGCCGGCAGUAAAGUCACAAAGAUCGAGUCAGUUAUCACAGACAGCGGCGACUGGGCCUUCAAUGCCACUGGCCACCUCUACUGGACUCGGCGAGAAAAAUGGGAGCCCAUCCCCGAAAACCAACGAGACACCCGCGCUGUCAUUCAGGCAGCUGCCGAUGCCUAUCUCAAUCAGUGGGGUAACUCAACCCUCCCCGUGCCAUUGAACACUCCUUGCGCGCGUCUCGAAGGCGGGGCCUACACAGGGCAGAGCAAUCCGUCAGCAAAUACCUGCAGCAUGGGGGCAUUCCCGCAGCCACUCGCGGUUGCAAAUCGUCGAUACGUGAUUGAUGAAGAGCUGGGGGCGGUGGAUGUCUUCAACGGCUUCCCGUGGUUGGAAGCUACCAAGCCGAACGGCUCAGUGCCGAGCACCAAUUUCAUUCGCGUCGAGCAUGGGCUUAUUCGGUACAUCCAUGAGGUCACAGUAUGUGAAACGCGUAAUUGUGGGCGAGGGUGAGUGCGGGGGAGGGGAGGACCAUAAUUGAUCCUCAUUUGUAGUUUUAGUCGGCAACGAAGUUAGGCUUUACGUUGCCAUAUUCUAUAAUAGUUGCUAUCUCAACCUGAC